AGCCGAGCUGGACGUGAGCGGAGCGGGCGCUGUCCACGGCUGUCGGUGCUGAACCCGGAGGACCCGUUGCUCCGGCAACCUGGAGGCGACGCCCUCUCGCACCCUCCGGGCCCGCUGGGACCCGCAUCCGCGGCAGGACCCAAUUUAACUCGACAAAGGAGUGCGGAAUCAGACGUCGGGGAGUGUUCUGUUUGCAACCGGGGCGCUCGUUCAGGCGUGACUUCGGAGAUUUCCACAGUUUUAGCUCAAUAUAUGUAUUUUUUUCCAACCUAAGACGACCUGUUUUUUUUUUUUUUUUUUAAAGUGGGUUUUCCUCUUCUUCUUUUGUAAACUGUAACUCACAUUUCCAUACCGUUUAGGGAUCUUUUUGGAAGAGUUUUUUGACUUAAAUAAAGCUGAAAAAUGUUAAGGAUGUUAAAGUGCUGGUCAGCUGUUUGGAUUCUUGGAUUCAUUUUUCUGAAGUCAGAAGGAAAGCCAACAAAGGAAGCGGGAUAUGUCCUCAAACCCAGCCCACCUCUUGUAAGAUUACGACACAAGCAGGAAAAAAGUCAAGAAAGGUCAAGAGUCAAAGAACUUCUCCUUCAGGAUGGCCCUUUUGCAUCUUGCGAGAAUAAGUACUGUGGCCUGGGGAGGCACUGCGUGGUCAGCAGAGAGAGCGGGCGGGCCGAGUGUGCCUGCAUGGACCCCUGCAGGCAGCACUACAAGCCCGUGUGUGGGUCUGACGGGCAGUUCUACGAGAACCACUGCGAGGUGCACAGGGCGGCCUGCCUGAGGAGGCAGAAGGUCACCAUCGUCCACAAUGACGACUGCUUCUUCAAAGGAGAUAACUGUAUGGCCAUUGAAUACAGCAAGAUGAAAAGCAUGCUUAUAGAUUUACAGACUCAAAAGCACAUUGCACAAGGAAACGAAAGUCUGACUGCUGAAGAUGCAUCUCGGAGGAAGCUUUUGGUGGAUGAAAUGUUUAAGUAUUUUGAUGCAGACAAUAAUGGACUCGUAGAUAUUAAUGAACUAACUCAGGUGAUCAAGCAGGAAGAGCUGGGCAGAGACCUCUCUGGCUGCACCCUGUACGAUCUCCUGAAGUUCGACGACUUCAACGGGGACAAGCACCUGGCGCUUGAAGAACUUUACAGAGCGUUCCAAGUGAUCCAGUUGAGUCUGCCCGAGGAUCAGAGGCUCAGUACUACCACAGCCACCGUGGGGCAGAGCGCCGUUCUGAGCUGCGCCAUCGUGGGAGCGCUGAGACCCCCCAUCGUAUGGACGAGGAACAACAUUGUGCUAAAUAAUUUAGAUCUGGAAGACAUCAAUGACUUUGGAGAUGAUGGGUCCUUGUACAUUACUAAAGUCACCACAACUCACAUGGGCAAUUAUACCUGCUACGCAGAGGGCUAUGAACACAUCCGCCAGACUCACAUCUUCCAAGUCAAUGUUCCUCCAGUCAUCCGGGUGUACCCUCAGAGUCAGGCACGAGAACCUGGCGUAACUGCAAGUCUUAGGUGCCAUGCAGAAGGCAUACCAGACCCUCAGCUGAGCUGGCUCAAGAAUGGCAUGGAUAUCACUCCCAAGCUGUCCAAACAGCUCACACUCCAAGCCAAUGGAAGUGAGGUUCACAUAAGCAAUGUGCGCUAUGAAGACACAGGAGCAUACACGUGCAUCGCCAAGAACGAGGCAGGAGUGGAUGAAGACAUCUCCUCCCUUUUUGUGGAAGAUUCUGCUAGAAAGACUCUAGCUAACAUAUUAUGGAGAGAAGAAGGUCUGGGGAUUGGGAACAUGUUCUAUGUUUUUUAUGAAGAUGGAAUCAAAGUCAUCCAGCCCGUAGAAUGUGAAUUUCAAAGACACAUUAAGCCCAGUGAAAAGCUCCUUGGACUUCAGGAUGAAGUCUGCCCCAAAGCUGAGGGUGACGACGUUCAGAGGUGCGUGUGGGCCUCGGCUGUCAACGUCAAGGACAGAUUCAUUUAUGUCGCUCAGCCCACGCUGGACAGACUCCUCAUUGUGGAUGUGCAGUCACAGAAAGUUGUUCAGGCAGUGAGUACAGACCCCGUCCCUGUUAAAUUACACUAUGACAAAUCACAUGACCAAGUCUGGGUGCUGAGCUGGGGCAGCAUGGAUAAGAUGUCGCCCACACUGCAGGUGAUAACCCUGGCCAGCGGGAAUACGCCUCACCACACCAUCCACACCCAGCCAGUUGGCAAACAGUUUGACAGAGUGGAUGAUUUCUUCAUUCCCACCACAACACUCAUUAUCACACACAUAAGGUUCGGCUUCAUCCUGCACCGGGACGAGGCUGCGCUGCACAAGAUCGACCUGGAGACCAUGUCGUACGUGAAGACCGUGAGCCUGCAGGCGUGGCGGUGCGUGCCGCAGGCGCUGGCCUACACGCACCUGGGCGGCCACUACGUGGUGCGCUGCGGGCGCGGGCGCGCGGGGGCGCAGUCGCCGCCGCCGCCGCCGCAGCUGCUGGUGGACGGCGUCACCGACGCGGUGGUGGGCGCCAACGGCGACGUGAGCGGCACGCCGUACGUGUCCCCGGACGGGCGCUACGUGGUGAGCGUGGACGAGGCGCGGGGCCUGGUGACGGUGCAGCGCGUGAGCGCGCGCGGCGAGCUCCGGGCGGCCUUCGCCGUGCGCACGGACGUGCGCGUCGCCGAGCUGGCCUUCCAGCCGUCCAGCACCGAGGCGCGCGGCUACGACGCGUACGGCAGCGCGGGCGGCGGCGCGCGCGGGCUGCUGCUGGAGCUGGCCUCGGGCAAGCUCACGGUCCUCGAGGGCCUCAAGGAGCCGCUGGAGCCCCGGCGCUGGCCGUGGAGCGCGCGCAACCGCAGGGUGCAGGGCAGCGGCCUGUUCGGCCAGUACCUGAUGACGCCCUCGCGGGACUCGCUCUUCGUCCUGGACGGGCGCCUGCGCAAGCUCAACUGCGAGAUCACCGACGUGCGCGCGGGCAACACGCUGGUCUGGGUGGGCGACGCCUGACGCCCGCCCCGGGGUCCCCGCGCCGCGCCCUGACUGUCCACCCCGACGUCCGUCCAUCCCAGCCGAACCGCGUCCACGUGCUUGCCCCAGACAAGCUAGCCCCCCCACCCCACCCCCUCCUUGGUUGAUUAUAGAGACAUUUACUACUGCGGUCUUUAAUGAGAAAUCACACCAAUCAUAAGAAUUGAAUAUUUAACGGUGUGAUUUUAGCCCGUAAAAUGACAUUUUGAAGUCUUUCUAAAAUUACUUUAAAAAAAAAUUAAACUGCAGGGAAUUUCAGGUGACUUGAGUAUAAUUUCAUUUCUAAGGUAGUCUAAUCGUUUCUCUGUCCUCUUCACGACGCUUAACCCAGAAAUACAAGGUAUUGUGCCACCUUAAAAUUCAAAAAUAUUCUUUCCCGUGUCCACUGUUGAUAAUCUUUUUGUGCCUUGAAAGGAAUGUCAUAGGGGGAAAAGGCUGGCUAAGAGUCACGUACUACACACCCUCAUAGAUACGGAUGUUGUCAGUAAGAAAUGUCCGGUGUCUCCAGUCAUUCACUUGACUCCCAGUGAGGUAUCACUGGACGGCCUGAUUUGGUCUUAAGUUAUAUACAGUUGACAAACCAUUUGCUAUUUACAGUUCAGUCUGAGCAUGCAAUGGAACAUGGAUUGAAGGGAGGAAAAUUAAAUAUAGUGAAAACAUUUGCCAUGUUUUGAGCACUCUACUUUCACUCGCUAGAGUGCAUUAUAUUUUUAAAGUAAGUUUGCUUGGAUUUUUUUUUUUUUUUUUUUUUUUUUUUGGUAACCCCAGUGUUGCAUAAUCUGAAAUUUCAGUUCAGGAAAAACAUUACUUGGGUCUCCUUAGAGAGAGCCACAUCUAAGGAAGGGUAGAUGAGGGAGCAAUAUCCAAGAGCACUGUGGAGUGGGCGGAGGCCAGGAGAGCAGUGCCCCGGGGGCCCCUGCUCCACCUGUUCAGACCUGACCCAUCCAAGAACCCCACCCUUCACUUUCCCAGAUGACUUCUAUUCAGUCGUGACCCUCAAGCAACCUUCUCCCUUUGGGCUGUAGUUCUGAUGCUCUUGAGACACUGCAGAGAAAUAAAAGUGAUUGUUUCUUCCCUUGUCUUAAAAAGGGACAACAGAAGGCAAGUAGACAUAGAUAAAUACCAGUUAGUUGAAUCAUUGAAAUAAGCAGACAAUUACGCAGGCUUGUAGGAAGCGCUUACAUGAUUGAUUUAAGAAUGCUGUUUGCCUUUUGUUCUAUUGUUGGUAAAAUGUGAACAGGCUGUUGAAAUGACUUCCAUUUACUGAAGGUAAUCUAAUAAAGGUCUUUUCUAAACACAAAUUUUGCUCAAGUUUAAAUGGUGUAAAACUGCAUAGAAGUCUGGAAUAUCUGUAAUGUGUCCUAUCUCAUGUGCAUUGUGGCAUCCUGAGCUGUGUGAUACAGUAGGUUGCUUCUUAGCUUAAGGAACCAUUAAGGGAGAUAGAUUUAAUAAAACAACAAAAAUCAGCUUAUGUUUUUCCUUAUCCAGUCAGCUUUCCUUUCCAGUGAUUCUCUGCCCUGUGAACAUGAACAAUGCAAAGUGUCAGUGACUUAACAGUUUAGUGUCUGUCUGUCACACACACUUCUUCAGUAGCUCACACCAUGUGGAUGCUCCUUCGGUUGUCACUGCUUGAGAAAAGAAUAAACCUCUGAUGCUUUAA